UUGUGUUUCACCUUAACUUGGAAUUUCUUCCCCUUGACUCUCUUCCUCUGGGUAUCAGUUGAAGGUCUGUAACUCUGUACUCGAUAAGUAACUAAAUAUACCCAGCUCUCAACUUUUGGCUUCCCCAAAUUUACAAAAAUGAUUGGAGCUUCCAAUAUGCUGGAGUUAUGGCGGAUUCCUUCUAACAAAUUAUUGUUCGGAACCUCCAAAUUUAUCAAAGGUUCUAGACAAUUACCCCAAAGAGCAUUUUAUCCUAUAAUGUGUUUAUGCAAAGAGAUACAGACCACUACUGCUGAAAAAAUUAUGGGUGCUAGUUAUAUUCCUGAAACCAAAUUCAAAAAAGAAAUCAAAGUGAAGGUUAAUGAAACCAUGAAAAUCGAAGGUAUUGGUGCUUUUCAAAAGCUACCCAUGGUAAUGCCAUCUAUUGAUAUAAUCCAAUCUGCUAUACGGAAAUCUAAGAAGGUUUCAGCUACAAAGGGCAUUGCUAAUAUUGCUAAGCGAGAGAGGAACCGCGGUGCUAAGCAACUUGACGCGCUGAUGAAGGAGUUGGCAGUUCCACUUAGAACUUAUACAGAAAACUUCCCUAACAAAAAUCAUUUGCAUCCUUAUGAGCGUUCCCUUAUUGAACUGACGCUUGGAGAUGGGAAUUAUGAAGAGGUUUUGUUGAAGGUAAACAAUCUGCGAAAGAAGGUUACAUCUGUUGGAAAGGAACAUGCUUCUCUUUGUGCCAAGUCGUUGACAAAGAAAGAGGCAGAGGAACGGUUGAACGAGGGUAUAAAAAGAGUGGAAGAAACUUAUUACCGUGAAAGAAAGGCUGUUGAUGAUUUGCUGGAUAUUGCCAAGACAUUACGAGCUAUGCCAGUGGUUGAUCUGGAAACUCCAACACUGUCUCUUGUUGGAGCCCCUAAUGUUGGAAAAUCAUCUUUAGUUCGUAUUCUAUCAACAGGAAAACCUGAGAUUUGUAACUAUCCAUUCACAACCAGGGGAAUUUUGAUGGGUCAUAUUGUUGUGAACUAUCAGCGUUUUCAGGUUACAGACACUCCGGGUGUACUCAAGAGAUUAGAUGAGGAGAGGAACAAUUUGGAGAAGCUGACUCUUGCAGUCCUCACACAUUUGCCAACAGCAGUACUAUAUGUUCAUGAUUUAACAGGUGAAUGUGGAACUUCAGCGUCAGACCAGUUCACAACGUACAUGGAAAUCAAGGAGAGAUUCAGCAAUCAUCUUUGGAUUGAUGUUGUUUCCAAAUGUGAUAUUUUGCCUGAGUCCCCUUCCUCCUUCAUAACUGAAGACUUGGCUGCUGAUAAUUCGGAUCUGGCAAGAUAUAGGUUAUUUGGGCCUGAAGGAGCCAUUCGUGUAUCUGUAAAGAGUGGACUUGGUCUCGAUGAGCUAAAGCAGAAGGUUCACAAUAUGCUCAUCUCCCAAUCAGCUAGGAUCAAAAGCGAGAUAAUAGACCCAGAACGUGCUGCAACUACUUCAUGAAAAUUGUUCUAUUUCAUAGUCCCCUCUGCAGCAUGUCUUAUGAUCCUGGUGUAGAUUGAAGAAGCCAAGGUCACAUAGUGCCCUCUGCAGAAUUUGCUGCUCGGAUCAUCGUUUAUAAUCAAACUGUUAUAAUGGAAGAAAAUCAGUUAUUUCGCCUGUUUGGCACAAAAAGAAGCUCCUCUUUUUGGAAUGUAUCUUAAGUGGAGGAUGAUCCAUUGAUCUUGAUCCCCCAACACACCCUCCCCGUAGUUUUUUCUUUGUUUUCUAUCGGCCUUUGGAGAAAAGAAGGGGAUUUUGCUUGCAAUUGUUCUAUAGUGAUAAAUUGUCAUAUAAAGGGUUGGUGAAAAAGUUGCCAUUACUUUUAUGCUGUAACAUUGUACAGAAUCAGGAAUGUAGUUAUAUGAGUAAUUGAAUAAUUUUUUCAUAAUAAUAUUGCAUUUUUGUAGUGAA